CAAAAACAAAAAAACAAUAACUCUGGUCUAAAGACAGCAUGACGUCACAUCCGUUAGGUAUCGCAGAGUCCUCCAUGCCGGAGUCACGUCACUGGUCCCGUGUGAAACGCGGUGGCGGUAAUGCGCCAAUAAGCUGGAUGCCAACCGCCGGAAAACAAGAAGAAGAAGAAGAAGAAGAAGAAAGAAUUAUUUUUAUUAUUAUAGUAUAACGCUCCUCCACGUGAGCAGAGAGCAGCAGCCGAAGAGACAGGGAGGUUUCGUAUCCGACCCAGUCGUCCUGUGCCGGGCUGUAGAGUCCGCUUCUCGGUGUUAGCACUCGCUUGUUGAGUAAUGGUGUCAGUGUGUAAUGUGCUUCAUUCAAACAGCAAGACCUGCUGACUGACAGCCUUAAAUGACGUUAAAGCAGCCGAGAGCCUCACUCCGGGUCGAUAGAAAAUGGCAUCCAGAAGCAGCGCGGUGCUGCAGAGAGUGCUCCGGGGACUCCGGGGACUCCGGGCUCACACUGGGUGCUCUCACAGCUCAGCGUCGACCUCAAGUCAAGGACGCCUGCUGGGGAAAGCUCAACUCAGACAUCUGAGCUGCUCAUCCAGACUCUACAAGUCCGCUUCUCCCACUACAGGUGCCAGCAGUCUGUCAUUCAGGAGUCACACCUGUGGAGAGCUGAGAUCAGACCACGUGGGAGAGAAAGUCACACUGUGCGGCUGGGUCCAGUACCUCAGGCAAGACCUGUUUGUCAUCCUGCGAGAUUUCAGCGGCUUGACACAAGUUCUGAUUCCUCAGGAAGAAUCUGUGAGUAAUCUGAAAGCAGCGCUGUGUGAUCUGACAGCCGAGUCUGUAGUCAAGGUUACAGGAACAGUCAGACGACGACCAGCGGGACAGGAGAACAAGGGGAUGCCAACAGGAGAAAUAGAAAUCCUGGCUGAGAGCGCGGAGGUUUUCAACGUGUGCCGGAAGUUGCCUUUUGAAAUUAAAGACUUUGUGAAAAAAUCCGAGUCUUUGCGGAUGCAGUAUCGCUACCUGGACCUGAGGUCCUCUCAGAUGCAGAAGAACCUCAGACUGAGAUCUCAGCUGGUGAUGAAGAUGAGAGAAUACCUCUGUAACGUGCACGGUUUUGUCGAUGUGGAAACUCCUACGUUGUUUAAAAGAACACCGGGGGGAGCUAAAGAGUUUGUGGUUCCAUCCAGAGAGGCGGGCCGGUUUUACUCUCUACCCCAGAGUCCACAGCAGUUCAAACAGCUUCUAAUGGUGGCUGGUAUAGACAGGUACUUCCAGAUGGCGCGGUGCUACCGAGAUGAAGGCUCCAAACCAGACCGGCAGCCUGAGUUCACCCAGGUAGACAUAGAAAUGUCUUUUGUGGACCAGAGAGGUGUCAUGUCCCUGGUGGAGGGUUUGUUACAGUACUCCUGGCCUGCAGAGAAAGGUCCCAUUAAGGUUCCUUUCCAAACCAUGACAUAUGAGGAGGCCAUGAGGGACUACGGUGUGGACAAGCCUGAUACCAGAUUCAGUAUGAAGCUGACCGACCUCAGGCAGGUUUUCCUCUCCACGGAAAUUGAAUUCCUCAGAUCAGCUCUCAGCCAACCAGGAGGCUCUAUUCAGGCCAUCUGUGUCCCCAGUGGAGCAAAACUAUUUGCUCGGAAAGAUUUGGAAGAACUGAAACAAACCGCUAAGACUCAGUUUGGCCAGGAGCUCAGCGUGGUGCUGGUCAAAGCAGACGGGACAUUGAAGUCUCCCCAGAAGAAGCUGCUGUCUGUCUCAGCCACAGAGGAGCUGCUGCAGAGGACUGGAGCCCAACCAGGAGACCUGCUGCUGAUGGCAGCCGGUUCCCUCCACACUGUGCGCCCGCUGCUGGGAAAUCUUCGCCUCCAGUGCGCAGAGCUCCUGGAGACUCGCAGCGUUUCAGUCCGCGACCCUUCAGCCUUCCACUUCCUGUGGGUUGUGGACUUCCCUCUCUUCUUGCCCAAAGAAGAGAAGCCGGAGCAGCUGGAGUCAGCCCAUCAUCCAUUUACUGCUCCACUGCCAGAGGACACGCAGUUACUCUACACAGAGCCACACAAGGUACGUGGUCAGCACUAUGACCUGGUGCUGAAUGGCUGUGAGAUUGGAGGGGGCUCCAUCCGCAUCCACAAAGCCUCAGAACAGCUUCAUGUCCUGAAGAAUAUUCUCAAGGAGGAUCCCAGUCUACUCUCUCACCUGCUGGAGGCUCUGGACUCAGGAGCACCACCACAUGGAGGUAUUGCUCUGGGUUUGGACCGGCUGGUCUCCAUCAUGGUUGGGGCUCCCAGCAUCCGUGAUGUCAUUGCCUUCCCCAAGUCAUUCCGGGGUCACGACCUCAUGAGCUGCGCCCCUGACUUGGUAUCUGAGGAGGAGCUGAAGUCUUACCACAUCUCUGUCAAAUGGCCAACAGAGCGAGGAGGAGGAGAAGAGGGGAAGUGAGGAGGUAAAGAAGGAAGAGAUAAAGAGACAUCAGAGGAAUCUGUAACCCACACAACAGACGAAAAGAUUUUGUGGACGAGGAGACGAGAUGAGCAGGUGUAGAGACUGGAGUCUAUGAAGAUGUCUGCCAGCUGGCCGGCAGACAUGAGGAGGAGGAGGAGAGAAAAGGAGGAGGAGGUGUUGUGGCUGCAUAUCAGUUCUGUUACUUUGAAAUGGAAGAGAAAAGUCUGAAACAUGGACUGGUUAGACUACCAAGUCUCACUGAAAAUGAACGACACUUGAGGUUUGUGUGCGUUUGGCAGCGUUUACCUCAGCAUUAACAUCCACAUUAACACCAUCUUCCCCACCUGCUCCACUCUGCUGGACCGGCUCCGUCCGUCUCUCUCCACCGGUUGUGGUGCCGUGUGUACCUCGUGUAUGUUUUGUGCCUCUUUGCUUUGUCCUUUUUUAUUUACCAAGAAUGUGUUUAUUGUCUCCUAAUGCAUUAUUAGAUAAAUGCUAAAGAUUAGAAUAUCAUAAUUUUAUGAGUAAUAUUUUGAGUAACAGUAACUGUUUUUCUCAGGUGGAGUUGGCUAAAGUAAAUAUUUUGUAAUCAAGAUCACUAUGUUAUUUAAUUUCUGAGCUUAGUGAUUUCAUAGAAAUCCCACCUCUGACCUGCUCCUGAGUUCUCUUUCCCUGGGCUGCGUCUGGAGGCUCAGUACCAGGAUCAGUCCGGGACCUGACUGCGGAAUCAGCUGCUGCCUUAUAAAUCAGGCGCUGAACACACGCAGAUUGCGACUGCAGACUCAAUGAAAACCGCAGCACAAAUUUACGCAAUGCAAUUUUCUUAGUGAAUCUGGCCCUCAGGACACUGUGUCAACAGCACGACAUAUAGGCAGAUAUAACAUGUCACACAAUAAAUAAUAAUCACAAUAUCCCUAGGUAGACUGCAUGUAUCACAUUGCAAGAUGCUGGAAUUAGAAAUUAAGAGGCAGAAUUCAGAGUCCUUAUUGCAGCAGGCGACAAGCUGAUGCCUCCUGCUGCAUCAGCAGAUAUUGUUUAGAUAUUUAAUGAAAGGAAAAGACCUCACCAUUUGACAGCAAAAUGUUUUACAGGACCUUUGAGGUGUUGAAUGUUAUUGAUAACAAAACUGCUCCUGCUCAAACAUGCUUUGUCCUUUUUUCUGUCCUCACAAUGGCUAAAAAAACAUCUUUUUCUUUUAUUAUUUAAAUCUUUGACAAUAGAAAUCACGUACAAACAAAGAAGUCAUUAUUACAGACAAAACGACAUCAGAGCCAGGGGAAUCUUUUGAGUGAAAACAAACAAAGAACACAAAUAAAUGUUUUUUUUGCAGCUUUAUGUUUUUAGUUAAAAUUGUUGAAGUUGAAUUUGGAUUUAUGAAUAUGAUACUUUGCUAAAAUAAACAUCAAAUUAAUUAUA